AACGCUAUACGAACAUGUUGAUUGGUUUUGUUUUGACAAUUUCUGGAAGCUUGCACAGUCAGGUUUUCAAAGUUGCGUGAUUGAGCGGCUGUACAAGAAUAUACGCGGUUAAAAGGGUGUUUUUUCUUCUACGUCUACGCUCUAAAGUCAUUGGAACUCGCAAUCAGGAACAAAUAAUCGUUGGGGAAUACAGAUGUGAGAUUUGAGUCCUGAUUGCAGGAGGAGGUACGCAGCUGUAUUUGAUAUCAUUUUAUUUUUAAAACCGCGUUUCAUUUUAAACGUUCUGAGGCAAACCUAAUUUACUGUGAAUGUCUUUGCUGCUGCCUGGUCAUUGCAACUCGCUUGACCUUCCUAAAAGAAGGGUCGAUGAAAAGAUGGCCGAACGGAAAUGCUUUUAUCGAAUUGUCUCUCACACCUCAUGGAAUAAUUUUUCGUUCUUCCUUUUGGAUUUUUUAAGCAUUUUUAAAAGAAACCAGGGAUUAUAAACAUUAAAAAUCAAGGGAAUCAGAAAAUCGAUUUUCAGUGGCUGUGGUAGACAGGUUUCAAGUACCUGUUAACCUUUAAAUAUAUUGCCACCUUCCAUCACAGAAGACCAAUAAUUCUUUCGAUUGUUGAUCGCAUUAAUUUUUUAAUCGGACGCUAUGUUUCCAGUCUGUUGAAAAACUUUUUGUGCCAAUUAUCUGCAAAUGUUUAUGAGCUGUUUUGCCAUUGAGGUAAGAUAACAACAAUAUCACGUGGUGUUGUUGCGUGACCGACGCUGCUGCGGUUGCUGAAGUUUCCCGGGGCACCUUAUAUCAGCUCAUAUCGGCUUUGUUCUCAUGCAAAACUUCUAGAUGUUUCUAAUUCUUUGAUUUGGAGAAAAAAAUUUCUGACGCCUUGUCUUUUUUUUCUGCUAACCUUGUCUUGAAGAUAAAUAUUUUGACGCAUGACAGGUAGCUAGUUUGCAAGCAAAAUCUGAAUGUUCCACCCUAACUUACAAGGGCUCAAAUUGAUCAUUCUAUACGUGAUUUUCCGUGUACUUGUAAAUGAAUGAUUGAUAUCAAUUGACGGCUGUUGAAUAUUUUCGAAGCUAGAUUAAAUGGUUAAAAAACUGGACGGUCACAUAAUUCCAUAAGAAAUUAGUUUUAGGAAUUAUUAUGAUAUCAGAGGACAAACAUCCACCGAGACAUUCCUUUAUCAUAUAAACUCUACACUAUGAAAAGUAAAAUUCUUCAAGGAGUAUACAUGGCUAAAUUUCGGAAAUUCUGCGCGAACAAGCUGUCUACCAAAGUCAAUUUACAAGCCUUCCGGUUUCCGGCGGUAUUCCGUUUGGUAGUGGCACUUGGGAAUCGUCUGAAGGAAACAAUUUUAAUAGUGGCAUUCCAAUCAACGUUACAAUUGCAAUUCAAGCAAAGAAAUUUUAAAAAAAUUUGAGUUAUCUGUUCCGAUUUCUUACGCGUUUAGAUUUGCAGCAAUUUCAGCUCAAAAAAUUGGAAAUUCAUUCCCCAUUCUCCAUUUCUAAUUCUGCGUAUUUUUUCGUAAUUUUCCAUCACCCAUUCUCCUUUUUUUCUUUUAAAGCUCACCUUUAAUUAAAAGUUCGAUCGACCCGUCUGGUAUUCUACAUGACAACUGGACCAAAAUGCACCGUCAAGUUUCGAAAACGUUUAAAAAUGCAAUAGGCAUGACAGUUCCUGAGAAUUUUUAAUGAACCGGACGUGAUGCAGGUCUUUCGUUACAAUAUUUCUUUUCCAAAUUACUUGGAAUUUCUAAAACAAAUUCUAGAAGAGAUACAACAAUGAGAAACGAUAUGACAAAAGAUUUCCCACUUAGAGACCAUGCCACGUUUAAAUUUACGCGACCUCUUUGAGUUUAACAUACCAGCAGGUGGAUAAAUUCCUUAUUGUUCGGUGGUAUUAGAUGUUAAAAGCAUCCUGUUCACCUGUACUUACUGAUUUAAUUAAAACGACGAACGCAGUGAUAACAAGCAUAAGGGUUUACACUUACGGCCAACCCGUAAAGCUUCAAGAAUUUAACCAGGUAAGUUAUUCUACGAAAAUUGCAAUUAGAUAGGUCUUACUUUUCCUUUCGUCUUACCAUUAGUCAUUCAACUAGUAGUCAUUACCAUUGUAACGAAACGAUACUCUAAAUUGCCUAAACAGUUCAAUCCUAUUUUAGUGAAAAAAACAGAUGAGAGCGCAAAAUUACAAUUCUUUUGCUAUUUUCUUUUUUUGAACCAUGUAAAACUAACUUAUUAUUUAAGGAGACUACAAAAUACUUGCUUAGUUCGUUAGAAUCAAGGGAAAACCAGGAUGGCUGAGAAUGGAUAGCAACAAGCUGACAUAAAAGCGUAAUACACAAACAAGAGUCCAUUACUGAAACAAACGAUGACUUGGCUAUUUUAUGAGUUCAGUAGCUGGAUCACGUACACAUUUCAACAAAAGAGAUGCAAAAUGUUCAAUUCGAAGUUUCUCUUCUGUUCGUGUAGAAGAACUUGAAGAAAAAAAGAGAUUCGUGCUUAUAAUUGUGAGCAUCAUACACGGAAAUUGAAAGAUUACCAAAAGAUGGGGCCAUUCCUCCAAACCUUCUUGAAUGAUUAAACUUCUGGGUGUCCUCAGGGUUGCCCUGGUUAACAGCAGUUUCGUUAUUUUUAAGCACGAAUGCUAUAAUAGAUUGAUACUACCGCACUUUUGUGCUGUUUUCUCAACAACAGUAUGGAGAAAAAGCCCGAGUAUCGCUAAGAAAGUUUGUUUUAUUUUUAAUUUAAUCGAUUUUUUUUAUAUUAGACCAAAAGUAACACUUGAUGCCUUUAGAAACACCCUUCAUUUUAGCCUCAUGUGCCUUGAAUUCCGACAGAAAUGCGACGACCCAUUUUCUACAGUCAAAUUGCAAUAAGCUUCACGAAUUCGUCAGCUUUCUGCGAAUUUUUUAAAAAGAUAAGUGGUUAAACUACGUUUGGAGCCACCUUGAAUCGGCGAUGAUUGAGUAUCUUUAGACAUCAUCAUCGAAGCAAUAACUAAAAAAACAGUUGUGGUUGUAAAAACUGAGAAAACCGAUUCAGAGCGAUAUGUUUUUCUGGGGUGAUAAUCACACGGAUAUGGAAAAGUUUAUUCCUACUGGCAUUCGCCAUUUUCAAAUUUCAUAAGAAAAGCCGCCAGUAAGGUGUCUUGAUUUGUCACUUAGUGGAUGAGAAGAGAAGCAGGUGGAUUCUUCCGCGAGGGUAGAAUAAACAUACCCUUCACAGAAUUUUUACAGAAACGCAUUUUAAUUUAUUUUGCCUAGAAACUAACGGAUACGAUGAUGUCGUUUAUUAAACAUUUCUAGUCUUGUGAAAGCAGCAAAAGGAUUUCAGUUCUGGAGAACUUUAGCAAUUAAUACACAAAGGUGAGUUUGACAGACAAAAAGCAAAAACAGACGAACCGACUCAGACGUAUAUGAAAUACGCGAACGUCUGUAAUUAAGCCUGGUAAGAGUAAGGUUAAGGAUAACGUUUGCGACAAAUGGAAGGAAAAGAUUUCAUCUCUCUGCUUUCAACUGUAAAUUCUCUGAGUGAAAAUAUUUGCAAAAGCUGUGAUCGGAAGAUUUUUUCCUAUUUUUUCCACAAAGUUUGCUUUCAGGCAUAUGGGGAAUAAAUAAAAUCUGAGCAUAUUUAUUCUGGUACACGUAAACUCUAAGAUUUUAAAACUCACUAAUGUAACUAUUACAACCGUUUUAACUAUUAAAUAUAGGAAAGAAAAUUUAGAAUUCGCUGUUAUGGAACAUGUCAGUAAAAUAUAAUGUAAGUGACAAGCAACAGAUCGCAGCAUUUUUCUAUUUAUUCAUUUGUAGAAGAAAAGUAAUUAAAUUGUUCCCGGCCUGCUGUGGUGAAAGAGAUAGGAGCAAAGGAAACAUAACAAAGAUAAACUUGAUUAGCAGUGUUGCUCUGCAUGAACUUUGAACUGGGAAACACCAAAAACAUACCCGCAGUACUUUAUAAGUCUCUGAGCUGUAGGCAAAUAAAUGACAAUUAAAUACUCUAAUGGUGAAUAGAGUCUACAUAAAUUCCACACCUUAGUUUGGAAGGAUGGAAGUUCUUGUUGGUUUAAGAAAUACUCGGUAAUUCUUAAAAAACUAUGGAAUAGAACGCAGUUGUAUUUGUAGUUCACUUGAUAGCAAUCCUUACGUUCUCUGAAAAUAAGACCCUAUUUAAUUUAGUUUGAGUUUGUACGUGAAGAUAGCCAAAAGGAGAUGCAUAGGAAAUACGGAGACAAUUUUUUUUGUAGCCUCAGGAGUUUGAUUCAUUGUUUACAGUGGCUUAUAGUCCUCUAAUAUGUUGUUAGCAGAUCACUUUAACCCCAAUCUAUUAUUGGCUCAUCUUUAAGGAUAUGAAACAGCUAAGGGGUGAGUCUCGUAUUUUGUGUUUUCAUGGUGGAGUACGGCAUGAAAUAAGGAGAAAGGGCGUACUUUGCUCCUGCAUGUGGCUGUACACGAACUGUUUUGGCUUCUUAAAGAAAAAUCGAACUUCAUCCCGAAAAUGUACCCAAUAUUUUAAAGAAGUGUUCCUUAGAGACCCAAUAUCUUAAGGAAGUGUUCAUCGUCGGAACAUCUGAAAAUGUUUACUCUCUGAAAUAAUUAAUUAAAUGAACCACAACAUAACUGUCAAAGUGUGGAUGUAUAUCUUUGAAUUUACAAUGUUAUAUUGACAAAGAGAGGCCCGGAAAUUUACGUAUAAUUCGUAUUGGAACAAAUAUUAUGUGAAAAUUGUGAAUCUUUAACCAAAUAUUUUAUACUUACUAGCGAAAAAAAUAGAGUGCUUUUCAUUCUCGAUGGCUGAAAAUAAGUGAUAAAUCCAUGAUAUGUUUCUGAGUAACCCCACUUUCAAUGGGCAGCUGUUGUACUAGGAUUUGCGUAGAAUUGUGUCACUAAAAAUUGCAAAUCACUUCUCUCAAACGUGAUGUGCUUAGGGCUAUUAGACAUAAUAACUGUUUUAACAGAAAAUCUUAGAUGUUGACGCAUAUGAUAACAUCAUGUUGUUCAGUUGGAAAUCAUCAGUCGACCUCUUUGAAUAUCGCAGGUUUAUCAUGAAACUUAUAACUGGUUUGUCGUCGCCGUAAGGGGUCAGUGUACAGUGGUGGAACUGCACGUUCGAAGAGCCUUUGCCUGCUUCUUUAAAUAAUAGUAACAGACAAAUAACUAUCAUUCAAUUUCAUUUUGACCUGCUCUUUUGCCGGAAUAUUUUGCGCUAAUCGAUAAGCUUACAAAACUAUUACGUAAGUAUUCUUCUCUAGGGUUUCGACUAUAAUUGUCACCUCUGUAACUCUGGUCGCCAGAGUCACCAAGUUUAUCAUCCACUGUGGAGCCUUGCUUUCAGUUCCUGAAUUGAAUUUGUUUUCUAUUAUUUUUUGAUGCCGAUAUUUAACUUUACUAUUGAUUUGCGACUCUGGUUACUAUUAAGUUAUAUUUAAGACUAUUAAUCGAUAAUCAACCAAAUCUUUGGUCGGGUUUUCGUUUACGAAUAUGUUAAAGGGGAGAGUGCAAGAAAUGCUUUCUACCCUGGUGUAAAGUUUUUAUAUUCGCAAGAGGAUUCGUUUUCCAAGAUGCUUGAAAAAGCCUUUUAUUUUUCGAACAAUCCUUAUACAUUUCCAUUUCGCGUACUAAUUCUUCCUUACACAAUUCUUUUCCACAGCUGACCGCCUACUCAAGAUGAGCAAUACAACUCCAUUUAGCGAGCCUGAAUCAAGUGUAAGCCAAGAUAUUCCGUACGAGGAACCUACUGCAAAAGUAGCGUUUGAACCCCUACCAAAAUGGGACCAAGCAAAAGAAACCUGGCAAUGGGUUUGGGACCUCCACUGGGCUGGAUUUGGGUCCCUUUUCGCACUUAUAGCGCUGUACGCUCUUUGGUCACUAAUUAACCUGGCGAAAAGGAAACACAGACGGAAACCUCUUCUUGCGAUGGCGAUAAGCUCACUUCUAUUCUUGUUUGGUUCCUCGAGAGCUGCGUUCUUCUUCAUCAACCCAUACGAGUCCAAAGAAUGCUUUCUGCCGACGAGUUGUCCGGUCAUAUUGACCAGAACAUUAUUCGGUAUUGCGCUUCCGUGCAUCACGGCUUCGUUUUUCCUGGUCCACUUAGCAUUUCUCCAGCUGUCGAAGCUUACCCUGUACCCUGAAAAACUACAAAGUGUGAAGUUUGUGAGUUGUGUGAUUACUUUCCACUUCACACUUGUGUUAAUCACAGAAAUCGUGAUAUCACUGUCAGCCGACUGGAGAUCAUUCAGCAUAGUUUGCGAGACGUUCUUCAUGCUCCUGAGCUUGAUUCUGUCUGCGAGUUUCAUCUACAGUGGGAGAAUAAUUCUCAACUCUGUGCAUGAAACACGGUUGUCUGUUCGACGGUUUGGAAGCCUUCACAGCAAGGACAGUCCUCCCUCGAAUGUUGCGAAACUUGUCAAGAUAACUUACAUUACAGUGUUAUUGGGAUUUUUUAGCGUUGGACUACAGUUGUACUCGAUUUUUUUCAUGCACAACAUGUAUUCCGAUGAAAAAUCCAUCAUACCUAAGCCGUGGCCAUGGUUAAUUUUUCAGUAUUUGUUUAGAUGUGUGGAUCUUGGGCUUGGAUGUACAUUAGCUUACGUGAAUCCUAGACAAGUUCCUCACAGAAGACGGUCGAGAAGCACUAUAUUUUUGAGAAACUGCAAGCUGAUCGCAGGGUCGUCAUUAUAUGUACAGAACAAUCAGAGCAGUGCUGAGAGCGGAGAUCUAGCCUCACCGCCUCCUACUGCUAAAACUUCCGUGCGGACGCUGGUUGAGAUUGGGAUUGAAAACGAAGGAGGCAACUUCAUCUUCCAUGAAGAAGAGGAUAAAAAAUAACCGGUUUGAUAAUCUACGAAAACACGUCUUUAAUAACCCUGCUUUGAGAUGGCAAAGAGGAGAUAGAGACUGAGAGCGCAAAACACAUCAUAAACAAACUGUUCUGACUCAACCCGUGGUAUUAACUCAAAACGCACCUGUUUCCGCGUGGCACAAACGUGCUCAAUCGCAUGCAACACUGACAAACAUAACGAAAACUGAUGUGAAUUCAGGUUUCGUUGAAAGUGAUAAAGAUCACCUUAGACAUGACCAUAAUAUUCAGUGAUAAAGAUUAAUAUAUGAAUAUAUUAAUAUAUGACUUGUGAAUGACAAGUGACGAGUAAAUUAAUUAUCAAGCGUAAAUAGCAACGAAGAAGAAAUUGAAAUUGCGCGAAAACGUUCACUCCACAGGGUAAUUAUGGAGUAGUUAAAACUAAAUCACCGUAGGCACACUGGAAGACCUGUGAAAAAUGUUUGACUUCGUUGCAUUGAGACCUGUUAGACGGUGAUAACUUGUCCACUAUAUUGUUGGGUAACGCAAUAAGUUUACUUGAUGAUCAAACAACUAUCUUUAGGUCGUUUCUAUUCUUAGAAAUACAUCAAUAAGUAGAAAUUACUCCAUGAAUUAAAUAGAACGUAUUCAAGUUCUAAUCAAAAUAUGUAAAUAAAGGCAAAAGAAGGGUAAAGGCUGACAGAAAAAAAAGAGUUAGAG